AUGAACUUGGUCGCGAUGAACGAUAAGGAUGAGAUCUAUGAGGAUCCUGAGUCUACUGAGGAUGAUGAGAGUGAGGACUCGGAUGAUAUGGCUGCGAGUGUGGAGGCAGCAGUGAAGCAGGAAGAGGAGAUAGUGAUCAUGGAGGCAGCAGCAGUAAACGGUGGAGAUGGAGACGAUGUCAACACUUUUGCAGCAGCGAUCGUGGUUGAAGAUGAAGCAGUAAAUGCGAAGUGUGUGGGAGUUGAAGCUGUGAAAGGGGACAUCAUGGUGAAAGGAUCAAAGGCGAAUGCAACUGCAAAGGGGCAAGUGCUUAAGGAGGAUGAACGCGUUGAAGGGUACGAGACCCGAGAGCAGAGGUUCAAGGUGCAGGAGCUGCAGGGGAGCGUGAAGCCGACUUAG